GAGCUCUUCCGUUAUGUUUAUCUAUAGUAGGGUCUACUGACCAGCUCCAGGCGCAGAAUUUUCCCUCCAUUGCGACAAAAUCGACCAGAAGCGCGCAUCAUACUUCCCACGCAUCUCCACAGGCCUGGUCUAUAAAGCCUCCCAGUGCGCCGCCUUCUACCUGAACCCAGGUUGUCCCUCUUCUCCCCCCUUACGACAAAUACCCACACGCUUCAGCACUCCCUUUCAACGAUCUUACCAACAUGUUCUCCAACUUCAAAGUCGCCUUCGCCGUCCUCGUUACCGCCGCUAUUUGUGUCAACGCUCAGUCAAGCACUGCUAGUGCCCCCGCUGGUCUUCCCAGUGGUAUCACUGCCUGUUCCUUGCAGUGCAUUCAGCAGUCCCUCGGUGAAGGCAACUGCCAGUCAAUUACCGACGUUCAAUGCCUUUGCAGCUCUCAGGCAUUCCAGGCUGCUACAUUACAAUGUUUGCAGACCAACUGUCCUGAUGAUGUAUCUGCCGCGACCGCUGCUCAGCAGUCCCAGUGCGGAAACGCGGCCAGCUCUGGCAGUAGCUCACUAGCCUCGUCCGCCAGCUCUAUCUCCCAAUCCGUUGCAUCGGGUUCGUCAGCUUCUUCCGUGGCAGCCUCUAUCACUUCCGGAGCAUCCUCCGCAGCCUCUUCACUGUCGUCUAGAGCUGCCGGCGGUGCUAGCUCUCUAUCCUCGAGCCUGUCCUCCGUUCUCAGCAGCGCCAGUGUGGCUGCUACCAACACUGGAAACGGUUCCGGAGCUGUUUCGCUCUUCAGCCAGGGUGGCAUCGUUAGUGCCGUUGUAGCUCUUGUUGGUGUCGUUGCUGGAGCUGCUUUCGUUCUCUAAAUGGGAAGGGGCCGUUAUUGCGUAGGGAGUAAUGGACUUAGAGUGUAUGUUGAGAAUGAUUGGUAUACCAGGAUUUCGUAUUGUACCCGUAUAAAAGUACCCCAUGCAUGGACUUGACACCACUUAUUGUACCUUCGAUAAUCGUCGAAGACUAUUCGCGUAUCUCGCUGUUGUG